AUGCGGUUCACCUUUGCAGUCUUGACGGGCUGCAUAGCCGUCGGGCUAAUCUCACUUUUGCAAGCGGCAAGCGCUUCUCAGAUACCGUUCGUCCUCAAAUCCUAUUCAACGCCAUCAGAGCUUUCACAGCCGAGCAAGGUUGCGGUGUCUCACAUCACCAAGUGGACUCUGCCACGGGGCAGCAACAACUCUGCCGUCGUUUUUGACAAGUACAGCCUGGCACUUGCCGGUGGUCAGCAGCGCCUGUUUGUCUUUGCGGCCGAAUUCCAUCCUUGGCGUCUGCCCGUCCCCAGUUUGUGGAGUGAUGUCUUGCAAAAGAUCCGGGCGGCCGGCUUCAACACCGUCUCGAUCUACACGCAUUGGGGGCUCAUUCAACCCACGCCUGAUGCUGACUCGAUCGACCUUACGGGCAUCAACGAUCUGGACUACUUCUUGACCGUAGCCAAGCAGGUGGGUCUGUUCGUGAUCGUGCGGCCGGGACCGUACAUUAACGCAGAGACCACCGUGGGCGGCAUGGCUCCCUGGACGGUCAACACUGAUGCUGUGCUGCGAACCAACGACACUGCCUGGCAGAAAGCGUGGAAGCCCUAUAUCAACGCUAUCUCUCGCGUGGUCGUCAAGCAUCAGCUCGUCUACGACUCGGAAAAGUCUGGCCAUCUCACGGGUGGCAGCGUCGUCCUCGUACAGGCAGACAACGAGUACAAGACGGGCGAAGCGGAGCGGGCCUACAUGAAAGAGCUCGUUGCUACACUCAAGGGGAACGGCAUCUCAGUGCCGAUCACGUACAACGAUCCGGGCCGCGAGAACAACUUUGUCGAUCUGGUGGAUCUGUACGGCCUCGACUCGUACCCGCAGCGCUUCGACUGCUCGCAUCCGACCACGUGGGUUCCCUUCCGCGACGACUACUUGCGCUACCACAUGGACACCAAUCCCGGCCAGCCGUUCUACAUUCCUGAGUUCCAAGGGGGCAGCUACGAUCCGUACGGCGGCCCCGGAUACGAGGAGUGCGGCCGCAUGACCAACGCGAGCUUCACCCGGGUCGCCAACCAGGCUCUGAUCGCACAGAGAGUGACGCUGCUGUCGCUGUACAUGGUCUACGGCGGGACCAACUGGGGCGGGUUGGCCGAACCGGACGUCUACACCUCGUACGACUAUGGCGCUGCGCUCAACGAGCACCGCCAGACCACGCACAAAUACACCGAGCUCAAGAGGCAGGGCAACCUCAUCGCUGCCUUCCCGGACCUCGCCAUGACGGAGCAGAUCGUCGACGAACCGGGGUUCAACAUCUCGCAGGCGUGGGAUCUGGACGCAAACAAAUCUGUCGACGCGAGGGUGUUUCGCACGACCGUGCUCGAAAACCCGGAGACCAAGAGCAAGUUCUAUGUAGUGAGAUACGACAACACGACCGAGUCAAGGCGGAUCCGCUUUGCGCUUGGAAUCGAGUCGUUGGGGGAAAACAUCACGGCAGGCGAGUGGCAUGGCACGGAUGGAGAGCAUGUAAACUUCAAUUAUCUCAACGGUCGCGAUAGCCACGUCGUCCCCGUCGACCAGCAGCUUCCCGGCGGACUCUUGUUGCGCUUCAGCACCGUCAACGUGUAUCGUGUGGCGACGGUCGCCAACCUCGUCGUGAUCUCGUUGGACUAUGCGCCGAACCAGCUCAUCGAGUACUCGUUGCAGCUUCAGAAGCCGGACAACUACUUUACGGACAUGCAGAUGUUCACGGUGUCCAAGGGCAAUGCUACGUUGCAGAGGGUGCAGGGGAAAGAAUGGGAGCAGGUGAAGCGUAGGCAUUCCGACAUCGAGGUGGAUGCGAGCAGUGUGCGAGCCUCGAUCACCGUCUCGACAACGGAGGACGAACAGCGCUAUGUGAUGUACAAGACCACCGAAGGUAUCUGGAUUGCGCUGCACCUGACUCCCACCUCUGCCACCCAUCGAGACUUUUCCGCGCCCGCACGAUACCGCAAUCCAUCCCAUGCCCUUGCCGUACAGCCAAGCCUCGGCAAGAGCAACGUCAUCCACCGCUUCUUCGACACCUCCGAGGAUAGCGUCAUCCUCAUCAAGGUCGAUCUGCUCCGCAAUGCUACCUACGCGUCGACCGAUAAGCCGCUCGACACGCUGCACCUCUGGGGGUCUGUUGGUCAAGAUGAACUCGCCGCGAUGAUGGCUCUGCCCAACCUCGAGUACGUGUAUUGGAAUGGGGAGCGGAUUCGGGCUUAUCCGCAGGAGGAUGUGGAGUGGUUCUACACUCUGAAUAUCCCUGGGCCAGGCAAAGCCGCGCUGGAGUGGACGCCGCCGAAGCUGUCACUGCUGGACUGGCGGUGGAACGACUCGAUUCCGGAAGCAAGCCCCGACUUUGACGAUGCCGGGUGGACAGAUGCCAACAAAACUCAGUCCUUCAACCCGUACGCGCACGACCCGUCGCUCGACACACAAGACGCCAUCCUGUUCGCGUCCGAAUACGGCUUCCACGCCAACAACAUCGUCUGGCGAGGCCACUUCUCCUCGAACCCGAAACACCCGCCGUUGGACGUGCAAAUCAAGGUGGAAGGCGGGCGGUCCUCCGCGUUCAGCGCGUGGCUCAACGGCGUGUAUCUCGGCACCGUCGAGGCGGACCGUGAAAAGUCGGCUGCCGGUGCCGCUUUCACUUUCCCCCACGGAGCGCUACGUCUUGGGGGUGAGAAUGUAGUGACGGUACUGCAGGAUCACAUGGGCAUCGAGAUGGAAGCGGGCGAACUGCCAAUUGGGUUGCAGGGGGACGAAAAGCGGGCGCUCGAGGCGGUGAAGCUGCCGCGUGGGGUCGUCGGCUUUUCCUUCCCCUCCCUUCGCGCUGCCAAUCGCUCCGAACCCACAGUUCACUGGAAAGUGCAAGGUAAUUUCGACGGCGAGCGUGCACCAGACACUGUUCGACGUUCGCUCAACGAAGGCGGUCUACAUGCCGAGGUGCAAGGCUGGCACCUCCCCGGCUUCGACGCCUCCGACUGGCCCACCGGAACUCCCAACAGCUCAGUCGCGUUCUACAGGACAUCGUUCGAUCUAGAUGUACCUGCCAACGUCGAUCUUGGGCUCAGCUUCAAAUUCAGCCAGCUGAAAGGCCUGAAGUUCCGCGCGCAGCUCUAUGUCAACGGCUGGCAGAUGGGCAAGUACGUUAACAAUUUGGGUCCGCAGACGGUGUUCCCUGUGCACAGUGGGAUUGUGCAUCUGAGGGGGAGGAACGACGUUGGUGUUAGCGUGUGGGUGUUGGAUGGAGGUGAGGGUGAUGAGGAGGAGGGGUGGAGGUGGGAUCCGAGGACGGGGCUUGAGUUGGAGGGUGACGAGACACACGAGAACCGCCACUCGGUCGCUUUCAUGUACAAGUACAAGUUGUGA